AUUUCGUUCGAUGCAGACUGUUAAAGAAGCAGGAGAUCACUCAAAUGUUCAAGAGGAAGCAAUCAUUCCCCAAGUCAUUCCUUCUCUCCAUCAUCAAUCACAAACUGGUGCUGCUGCUGCUUCUUCUCCAAUACUAGAGAUUGGUGAGAUUUUCCAACUUGUGGAAUUGAAGGGUGGAGAACGAGCUUUACUAGCCAAAGCACUUGAGCUAUAUCCUCAACUAAGGCUGUCCCGUGGACAACGUACUCACCCAAUAAUAGCUUUUUCCUACGGAGUCCUUGUUGAUAUUUUAGUCUUGCUGGCUACCAAAACAACUUGUACCAUUACAGCAUCAGAUAGAACUGCCCUAGAGGCGAACUUAGGUGCUGCAACUUUUCUUGGGUUUGACGAGGAUUGGAUUAAGCUGGUUCAGGCCAAAGUAUUUGGCAUUGACAAAUUUGACGUCUCGGUAGCAGAAGAGAAAACCUCAGUCAUGGAGAAAGAACUUGAGAAAUGUGACAUUGCAUUGGAACGUGUGCAAAAGAAGAGGAUAGAAGCCAAAGAGAAGUUAGCAAUAGUGCAAACUGAGUUUGAAGCAGUUGACACUCAACUGUUUGAUCUAUUGGAAGAUCGCAGGAACUUAGUUAUGAAGAUCGCCGAGUUUAGGAAAAUGAUAAGUGCCAAAGAUAGGCCCUUUGGUAUUUAA